AGCGCGAGAACACACAUGCAGGAGACGUUUACUCGGCUCUCUGCGUUCAGACUCUCAGCACCUGCAUCCUACUCUCGUCUCUUAGCCUUUCAUCUCCUCCUCUCACCUCCCCUCUCCUCUCCUCUCCGCCCCCGCGGAGUCCUUUCCUUCUGUCACGACUCUGUGCCCACCCACUCUUCUUUCUCUCUCUCUCUCCUCUCUUUCUCACUCUGCAUCCUCUUCUCCCUUCCCUUUCAUCUCUCCUCCUGCCUCCCUCCUCAUCUCCUCACCCCCCCCCGCACUCUCCCCUACUCCGCGCGGCGACGGCGUGGCUGCCUGCGUAAGCCAGCGAAUGCUGCUACUAGACCUGCUGUAUCCUGCAGAGAGCAGUGUGUGUGUGUGUGUGUGUGUGUGUGUGUGUGCGCAUGCCAGUGCAUGAGCGUUCGCAGAUGGGAAAGCAACUGAGUCAGAGAGGGCUGCCUCUCAUCACCGCGCUGUUAACACCAUCCUUCACUCUUCCUCCUUGCCUCUUCUGCUGCCAUGGAGCUCCAGCAGGCUGAAUCACGCCAUCUGCAGAAAGGACUGAGGUAGAGGAGUGUUCUCGGGUUUGUGGUGCUGCUUUGGCCCAGAAUGGACUACAGCUGUCUGAGGAGGUGGGGGUCCAGCUCUGCAGUUGUGUUCCUCCACACCCUGGCCUUAUCCUGGACAGGUGCGAUUGAGCCCGCCCCUAAAAUUGACGGACGGCACCAGGCCGCUCUGACGAUGCAGGAAAACGUGACGCACAGGUUCAGCUGCCAAUCGGACGGCUGGGAUCCGCGCGCCCCGCCCUCGCUGACCUGGUACCUGAACGGGCAGCGGCAGCGGGAGGCGGCGCGCGACCGCGACCGCGGGCGCCUGGUGCUGGCGUCCGAGCACGAGUCCGCGCCUCGCGUCGGUUACAACAGCACGUUCUCUCUGCACGCCAGAAAGUGGGACCGGGAGCUGGUGUGCGUGGCGUCGAACCCCAGGACGGGGGAGAGCUACAACGCCACGGUGACGCUCAACGUCCAGUUCCAGCCAGAGAUCCUCCGCGUGAACGCGCACUACAGCGAGACCUCCGAGCCCGGCCUCUCCCUGGUCCUCGUCGCCCUGGUGCGCUCCAACCCGCCCGCCACCAUCGCCUUCGUGGACCAGUCGGGGCAGCUGGUGGCCAACACGUCCGACGUCCUCAUCCUGGACUCGCGGCGCUACCCGUGGCUCAGCAACCACACGCUGAGGGUCACGCUCAGCAGCCCGUCGGGCAACGUGUCGCUGAACGCGAGCAACAGCGUGGGGACGGCGCAGAGCAACCUGACGCUGGCAGAGUUCCUGCAGUCCCGCGUGGAGGUGCCCAUGCUGGGGAUCGUGACUGGAGGAGCCAUGGCCUUCAUGGCGCUCCUCAUCCUCAGCCUCAUCGUCCUCUGCCUCAUGCAAAGAAACAAGCUCAAGUCCUUCGAUGAGCCGGUGGAGAUUCUGCUGACCAAGAGGAGCGACUCUGCCAAUCUGAAGUCGGAGAAAUCUGAUAAAACCUACAUCCCCAGAGAGAACAUGUCUCUGCCUUCAAACAUGCAACUCAACGACCUCAGCACUUUACGCAAAGCUCGAGAGGCUGCCCAGCAAAACAGAGAAAAGACGGAGGAGGAGGAGGAGGAUCUGUCUUUAGCCUACGCCGCCAGAGGUUUUGCCAGAUAUCCAAUGGUGGGCUACAUCUAUAAGGUGAACAGCACAAGCAGCGAGGAGAUCUGGCUCUGACUGACCUGCAAGCCUACGUACGUACUGUACAUCUGCUCAUGCAUGGGUCCCAGGGCCCAGCGGUGCAGCUGCCAGCCAGUCACUGUACAGUAACCGUCCUCUGGGCACAGACGACCAGGAACAAGCUCGUAUCUGUGUGUGUGGAAUCAAACACGAACAUGAGUUUAUGGCCACAAAACUACAUUCUCCAUGUUAUUGUUUCUACGCUGCUGAUGUGUGAAAAGUGUCACUGCUCAUAUUCUCUAUGUUACCCAUGUGCUCAUGAUGUCGUCCUACUUGUGGCAUUAUUGGAAUGCAGUAAUUGUCCUUUGCUAACACCAGAAUGUACAAAAUACUUUGAGAUUUUACAUUUUGACUUAUAAUGUUUCAGUGAGAUAGUUAUAAGUUAUAGAGCAUGCAUUUGUACAUGGACCCACAGACGUCAUUUACUGUAUAUUUGUAUGCAGAUGUAUAUGUAUAUAAAGCAGUAUGUCUAAUAAAUACAAUAUUAAAAUUGAAUAA